AUGUACAAAACCAACUAUGAGCUCUAUGCUCGCGAGAGCAUCGAUAGUAGGCGCUCGCCCCCUCCAGAUGAGCUGCUUGCCCCGUUAGCAACGCUCUACCCACAUGUUGCCGCCCUGCAGCCGCAGUACGACCCCAACAGCUGCACCUUCACCGGUUACCGCCACACGGGCUACUGGGCAGCGGCCUACACCACCCAGCCUCUCGAAGAGACACAUUUCUCGCCGCGGCGGGCCAGUGAUGCCAUUUCCUGCCGCUUUGCCUCAAAACUUUCCAAGCUCCGGCGGUUCCUCAGUCGAGAAGAUCUAAAUCAACGACGAUCGGAAGCGACCACCUAA